AUGCUGAGAAAGGGAGAGUGGGUUUGGCUGGACACAGGCACUGAAGUGCCCAUCGGAGCAAAGGUGAAAGUAACACCAAGCGGUCAGCGUUUACUGGUGGAUGAUGUGGGCAAGGAGCACAGUCUGUCCCCGGAGAAGGAGGCCUCCCUCAAGAUAAUGCACCCUACAUCAGUGGAGGGGGUGGACGACAUGAUCAAACUUGGUGACAUGACAGAGGCUGGUGUACUACGAAACCUGCAGCUUCGCCACAAACAAGGGUUCAUCUAUACUUACACCGGAUCGGUGCUGGUGGCAGUGAACCCAUACCAAUUUUUCCCCAUUUAUUCAAAUGACCAGGUAAAACUGUAUCGUGGUAAAAAACUUGGGCAACUCCCUCCACAUAUCUUCGCAAUCGCUGAAUCUUGCUACUUCAACAUGAAACGUCAUCUUAGGAACCAGUGCUGCAUCAUCAGUGGAGAGUCUGGAGCAGGCAAGACUGAAAGCACCAAGUUGAUUUUGCAGUACUUGGCAGCAAUCAGUGGUGAGCUCUCUGAACAACAGAUUGAAAAACAGAUCUUGGAGUCCAACCCUAUUUUGGAAGGUUUUGGAAAUGCUAAGACCAUCAGGAAUGACAACUCUAGUCGUUUUGGAAAAUAUUUGGAGAUUUUUUUCAAUGAGGCUGGAACGAUUGAGGGUGCUCGCGUGGAGCAAUACCUGUUGGAGAAAUCUCGUGUCUGCCAUCAGGCCAAAGAGGAACGAAACUACCAUAUUUUUUACUGCAUGCUCGCUGGAAUCACAGAAGAGGAGAGGAAACAUCUGCAUCUCCAAGAUGCAAAGGAUUACUUAUUCCUUACCAAGGGGGACUGUAAUACAUGUGAGGGGAGGGACGAUGCUGAGGACUUCAGGCGUAUUCGAUCUGCCAUGAAAAUUCUGACGUUCUCUGAUCAGCAGUGUUACGAAAUUUUCAAGUUGCUUGCAGCUCUACUACACCUGGGAAAUGUCUCCUUUGAAGCAAACACACAAAAUAACUUGGAAACCAGCAAUGUCAGCAAAUCUGAAAAUUUCAGCACUGCAGCAUCACUGCUAGAGGUGCAGAAUUCUGUGCUGGCCGACAGUUUGACCAAUCGUUCUUUUAUGACCAAAAGAGAGAUGGUGACGAAACCAUUAGACUGUGAGCAGGCCUCUGCAUGUAGAGACGCCUUUGUCAAGGCGAUCUACAAUAAACUCUUCAUAUGGAUAGUGGGGAAAAUCAAUGAUGUCAUCCACAAAAGGAUUUCUGACAAACCCAAAUCACAACCCCAUUUGUCAAUCGGCCUGCUUGACAUAUUUGGCUUUGAGAACUUCCAGACCAACAGUUUUGAACAGUUGUGCAUAAACUUUGCAAAUGAGAAGCUGCAGCAGUUCUUUGUAGGCCACAUUUUCAAACUGGAGCAGAAGGAAUAUCUGAAAGAAAACAUUGAGUGGAAUAACAUCAAUUUUGGUGACAAUCAGAGGAUUCUGGACCUUCUGGCUGGGAAACCCUGUAAUCUACUGGCUCUAAUUGAUGAGGAGACUCAUUUUCCAAAGGGCUCAGAUCUGACAAUGCUCAGCAAGAUGAAUCAGCAGCACCAUGGAGACAAGGCUUACAUUCCCUCUAAGAGUGAACAUGACACUGGCUUUGGGAUUCACCAUUUUGCAGGCAUCGUUUUUUAUGAAUCCAAAGGGUUUCUUGAGAAGAAUAGAGACGCUGUAAGCACUGACAUAUUCAAGAUGCUUGAUAUGUCCACCAACAAGCUGCUUCAGCAAAUUUUCAAGGCAGAGCUUUCAACCAAUGGAGUGAAGAUGACAAAUAACAAACGGGUCAUGAUCACACCCAAAAAUAGCAUGCGGUCCUCUUCUAACAACCGCAAGCAAGUGCCAACCCUCAGCGGUCAGUUCCGGCAAUCUCUGGAUGCCCUCAUGAAGGCUCUCUCUGUCUGCCAACCAUACUUCAUCCGUUGUUUCAAACCAAACAACAAGAAGCUGUCUGAGGACUUUGACCGAGAACUUUGUAUGCGUCAGCUGAGGUACUCUGGCAUGAUGGAUACCAUCCGCAUCAGGAAACUGGGGUAUCCUGUUCGCCACACCUUUGUGGAAUUCUUGACACGUUACAGAGUGCUCCUGAAAACAACCAUCUGUGACCCCAAAACGAACACAGCUGCUGCCUGUUGUGAAGCCAUCUGCCAGACAGUGUUCACAGAACAUGACGAGUGGAAAAUAGGGAAGACCAAGAUUUUCCUCAAGGAUGCUCAUGAUGCUGUCCUAGAACGCCUCAGGGAAGAAGAACUCAGCAGGAAUGCUGUUGUGAUCCAGCGAUUCGUGCUGGGAUACAAGCACAGAAAGUCUUUUCUAGAGAAGCGUAGAGCAGUUUUGGUGUUGCAGAAAAACUGGCGAGCAUACAGGGAUAAAAAAGGAACAAGAAAGCUCCUGCAAGGUUUUCAACGCCUUGUGUCAAAGAUUUGUGGUCGUAAGCUUCAGUUCCAGUAUCAAAGACAGCGAGCAGCAGCAAUCACCUUACAGACACUUGUGAGGCGUCACCAAGCAAGGAAGCGUCAAAGACAGGCAGUCUUACUGCUGCAGGCUUACACCAGAGGAUUCCUUGCAAGAAAAUCAUAUGCGAGAAUGAAGACCGAGGUCCUCCCUGACCUUCAUACAGCCUCAGAGGAUCAUGAGAGUGAAGAUGACAUUGCCGAGGCACUUACGUGCCAACUAGAAAAAGUCAUCAUGCAGGCUGAGCGAGCAGAUGAAAAGAUUGAACCUGUCAGUGAGAUGGAUUUGGAGGACAAUAAAAACGAUGCCCAGCCCAUACCACUCUUGACAUUUACAAUGUGCAAAGAACUGGAAUCAGAUGAAACUGAGUACGCCGAGACCAGAUCUGACAUAAGUAUUCCUGCCUCAGACACAACAAAUCCAACUCCAUCACUCGAAGAAGAAGAAGAUGAUUUUGAAGAUUUUACAGAGGAGUUUUCAUUCUACCAGUUUAGCAUUCUUCACUUUCAGGGUGACGUGAGCCAUACGCACAUAAAACAGAGACUCAAGAAGCCUCUUCUGCAACACGAUGAUGAAGGUGAUAUAUUGGCUUCUCUGACUGUAUGGUGGAUUAUCCUGCGAUUCAUGGGGGACCUACCAGAGCCCCGAUCUCCUGAUUCGACAUCUCAGGUCUCAAGUCUCAGCAUUUCUCGCCAUCUGCCUAACAGGCAGGGAAGGAGGCUCAGUAACCUUGUUGGACUUGACCAGAAAAUAUUGAGGAAGAACAAGAAAAAGCAUGGAACCAGGAAAGCCUCUGCAAUUCUUGAGGAGCCAGAGAACUUCACAGAGGAUGAAGAUGUGUUAAUUGGAGAGGGUCCUACAUUGGACAGGCCUCUUUCUCCUUUGGAAAAACUACACAUUAUUGUUGGAUACGCUCUUUCCAAACGAGGAAUAAGAGAUGAGAUUUACUGUCAAAUCUGUAAGCAACUGUUGAACAAUAAAAACAGAAUGAGCUGUAUGCAAGGUUGGGCCCUACUCUCCAUCUGUCUGGGGAUCUUUCCCCCGACAGACCUCUUCAUCAAGUAUUUAGAGGCCUUUGUCCGCAAAGGACCAAACGGGUAUGCUGAAUAUUGUAGUAAGCGCCUGCAUCGGAUUACAGCCAAUGGAGAAAGAAAGGAGCUGCCAUGUUGGAUGGAAUUUCAGGCUGUUAGAACUAAGGAGCAUAUAGAAAUGGUUGUGACUCUGACAGAUGGCAGUAAUGUCAGCCUGCAGCUGGACUCAGCCUCCACCUCUGAAGAGGUCUGUCAAACUGUGGCUGAAAAGAUUAAUCUUCGAGAUGCAUAUGGAUUCUCUCUCUACAUUCGCCUCUUUGAUAAAAUGUGGUCUCUGGGCAGCUGUGGGAAGCAUGUGUUCGAUGCUGUGUCUCAGUGCGAGCAGGAGAUGAGGCGACAAGGCAAGCAUGAGAAGGACACCCCUGUGCAGUUAACAAUCCGCAAAGAGAUGUUCACGCCUUGGCACGACUGCUCUAUAGACUCCAUCAGCACAGAUCUCAUUUACAAGCAGGUCAUUCAGGGCAUCAAGUCGGGAGAGUACACUUGUGAGAAGGAUGAUGAAUAUGUCCAACUAGCAGCAAAGCAUUACUACAUCCGGUUUGGCUCGGCGUACAGCAAAGAAAAUGUGCGCAAGGCGGUUGAGGACUGCAUUACUAUACCUCUGAUCGAGAACAAGUCCAUGGCCAAAUGGAUUCAACUUAUUAGCACAGCAUACUUGCAGGGUCCUUACACAAAUGGGGCCGUGAGCAAAGAGAGUGUGAAAGGAGAACUGGUUGACAGUGCCCGAGUGGAUUGGCCAAUCCACUUCUCCAAGUUUUAUGAUGUUACAAUGAUGUCAGGGCCUCCUUUGCCCAAGAGCAGGUUUAUUGUGGCGGUAAAUUGGAGUGGCAUCUUCUUCAUGGAUGGCAGAGACAAGAAACUUCUUGAGUGCCCUUAUUUGGAAAUAAGAGAAGUCAAAAAGUUGAGUGAACAGUCCCUGAGUGUAGCCACAGUGAGAGGUGAAUAUGUCCUAAUGUGUGGCGAAGCUGAUGACAUGACUGCACUUGUAGAGCAAAACCUUAGUGGACUACGAGCCCGCUCAGUAUUUGCACUGGCCCAGCAGGAUUUCAGUAAACCAGAUGACCCCAAAUUCUUGGUCUGUAAACAAGGAGACCUUUUGUUGAUUGAAAAUGAGCAAGAAUAUUCCCACAACAAUAAUGUGGUCAAAGCUACAAAUCAGAAAACAGAUCUCAGUGGUGCCAUCUAUAAAGAUGUAUUGCAGUUCCUUCCAACUCUGAGCAGACCCGCUGAAGACAUGCUGGAGCUGCUCAAUCCAGGCCAAAGGAAACUCUCCGUUACACAAAGUGGGCCCCAAAGAGAAGAAACAAUUGCUCCAGUCUCUUUAAGAGAGUUUGCGCUUGACAAUUUUAGACCUCUAGGUAAAGAAAGGCUAUGGGUGUGUUCAAGAGAACCGCUGAAGCAGCCGCUUAUGAAGAAUCUGGUCCGUAACUCUGAAUUGAACUACCUUGCCUGUAGUGCCUUCACUGCUAUCCUGAAGUACAUGGGUGACUACCCCAUUAAGCAAGUCCGGAGCCCAAUAGAGUUGACAGACCAAAUCUUUGGCCCUGCUACCCAACACGAGCUUCUGCAGGAUGAGAUCUAUUGCCAGAUCAUGAAACAAAUGACCAAUAACAACAACAGGUUGAGCAUGGAGCGAGGGUGGCAGCUGAUGUGGUUGUGUUCAGGCUUAUUCCCGCCCAGUCAGGAUUUAAUGAGACAUGCUGAGCGUUUCCUUGAGUCGCGACCUAGAGAACCCCUGGCUACAGGAUGUCUCCAGAGGUUGAAGCAGAUGCGUAGUAAGGAGCCCAGGAAACGACCUCCCCCUUUGGUUGAAGUAGAUGCCAUCCAACAGAACAGCACCCAGAUUUUCCAUAAAAUUCACUUCCCAAAUGACACAAAUGAUAUAUAUGAGGUGGCAUCGACGACAACAAUCCAAGAGCUGUGCUACAGCAUUGCUUCUCAGCUAAAACUGAGCUCUCCCGUUGGAUAUGGCCUCUAUUUGAAAACACCAAGCAAAAUGCUGUGCUUGGAUGAAGAGGAAUAUUUCUUUGACAGUUUACGCGAGGCAUCUGAUAUUUCAAAGAAAGGGAAAAAAGUGAGAGAAGUCAACUUAGCAUAUGGUCUGAUUCUUAAGAGGAAGCUCUGGUUCAAUGUGAUCCCAGGAAAAGACUUGGUUGCUGACCUCACUUUCCAUUUCCCACAGGAACUGCCUAAAUACCUGCUGGGCUAUCACGACUGCAGCAAAGAGGACAUGAUCACGCUCGGUGGUCUGCUUUUCAGAGCCAAGGUGGAUUCUGACAGGUCUCAGUUUGUCAUGAUCCCCAAAAUGUUGAAAGACUUGGUCCCUACUGACCAGAUCAAAAGCAUGUCCCCUGAGGAAUGGAAGAAGCACAUAAUGUCAUCCUACAACAAGCAGAGUGGCAUCACACUGGACGAAUGCAAAAUUGCUUUCCUUCAAGCCAUAUCAAGCUGGCCAACCUUUGGCUGCACCUUCUUUGAAGUUAAACAAACGUGCGAGUCAAGCUACCCGAAUACAGUUUUGAUUGCUAUCAGCAAGCAGGGUGUAAGCUUAAUAGACCCAAAGUCAAAGGAGUUGUUGGUCAUGCACCCAUUCAGCCGCAUCACAGAGUGCCACAGCGAAGGUGGCUACUUCCAGAUGACCAUCGGCACCUUGGUUAAAGGGAACGUCUUUGUCUGUGAAACCUCACAGGGACAUACAAUGGAGGACCUACUCAGAUCAUACGUCAGGAUGUAUGAAAGAGAAAGGCAGGCUUUUCAAACAAAGAAUCACAUGUUUGCUUGA